AUGGCUUUCCUCACGCGUCCGAGUAACGGCCAUUACUUCUUUGGCGCCCGAGGCACAAAACUUAGCAGUGCGGUAAUUGUGUGUGCCGGCGCAGGAUUUCUCCUACUUGGUUAUGACCAGGGAGUUUUGAGCGGGGUCAUAGGGAAUUCCGAUUUUCUUGACACUCUGGAUCAUCCCAAUUCUAGUGUAGUUGUUGCGCUCUACGAUGUUGGAGCUUGGCUGGGCGCCAUGAUGUGCUCAGGCUUCGGGGAGAGGCUGGGCCGGAAGGGCUCGUCCUACGCUGGUCUUGCUAUCAUGAUGAUCGGUGCUGCCCUGCAGACCUCCUCCUUUUCACUUGGUCAGAUGAUCGUUGGCCGGAUCUUUGCAGGUAUAGGGAUGGGCACACUCGCCGCAACGCUUCCUAUGUGGGCCGCCGAGAUGGUAAAGCCCAGGAAUCGUGGAAAGCUUCUAUCUGUUCUGGGAUCUUCGAUUGGAUUCGGUAUAUUCUUCUCCUACUGGUUUGAGUACGGUCUAAGCUAUGUCUCUGGACCCGUUUCGUGGCGACUUCCGGUGUCCCUUCAGAUGGUCUUUGCAUCAAUUAGUCUCCUCAUGCUUCCAUUCCUCCCAGAAUCGCCCAGGUGGUUGAUUGCGCACGAUCGCUUGGAAGAAGCGGUUGCUAUCCUCGCCGCUCUCGAAAGUAAGGAUGCAACAGAGCAUACUCCUGCAGUUGUGGCUCGCCGAGAUGAGAUUGUUCUAGCUCUUGAAAUUGAACAGGCACAAGGCCCGGUGAGGUGGAGGGAAUUAUUCUGGAAUAAUGAGGUCAAAAACCGAAGACGUGUGAUCCUGGCAAUUGGCAUCAGUGUUUUUCAACAGAUGAGUGGUGUUAAUGCCCUGGUCUAUUACAUACCAUAUCUCCUCGAAACAACCAUGGGUCUAUCCCGAGGCACCUCCCUGUGGGUUUCGGGUCUUAAUGGUCUAGUAUUUUUCCUUGCUUCAUUCUACCCGGUCUUCUUCCUAGAUAGGUACGGAAGAAAGAAGCCAUUUAUAAUUGCUUCGGCUUCAUGUGCUAUUAACAUGAUGAUGGUGGCUAUCCUCUUGAGCAUCAACAAGCAACCUACAAACUAUGCAGCUAUAGUGUUCUUCUUUACGUAUAUUGCCAUAUACGGGAUUGCAUUUAUGGGUACUCCAUUUAUGUAUACUCCUGAACUACUACCUCUGAGAUUAAGAGCGAAGGGCUCUGCUGUUGCAACCAGCUUCUCCUGGAUUUGCACAUUUCUUGUCGUGGAAAUUACACCCCCAGGCGUGUCGAAUCUCGGCUGGAAAUUCUACAUUAUCUGGGCCGUCCUCGCUGCUACUUUUGUUCCUCUUAUCUACUUCUUCUAUCCCGAGACUGCCCGCAAGUCCCUGGAGGAAAUCGACGAGAUCUUUACAGGGAAACCAAGUGCCUUCCACUCGAGGAACAAUCAGGCAAAGUCCGAGAAAAGCGAUGAGGAAUAUGUUGAAAGUGGCCGCGAAAAAGAUGGAAGUGACGAGCAGGUCGAGAUGGUGGGCCAAGCCGCUCAUGGAAACUAG